AUGGCAAAUCCUGCUCCAACCGGUCUGAACCUCACGGAGACUCCUUGUGCGUCGUGCGAUGAAGUUUCGACCGAAAAUGAGGAGAUGAUCGGUUGUGAUGGUUGCCAACGUUGGUACCAUAUCCGUUGCGUCGGGAUUACUGAUGCGAAGAAGGAAGGUACGUGGUACUGUACCGAAGAACCAUGUCAACGGAUCAAGAAGAAGAAGAGUCGCAGCAAGAAAAAUAACGAUGAAUCGGAUCGCUCCAGUGUCAAAUCCGACCGUGCGCUCGCUCUGGAGCAUAAAUUGAAUGCGAUGGAGGAGAAACAAAAACGGAUGGAGCAAGAGCUGGAGAUGGAGAUGAAGAUUAAAAAGAAAGAGAUGGAGUUCAAGCGAUCCAUUGAGAUGAAGCGGAUGCUGUUAGAGAAGCAGUUACGCGAAGAGGAAGAAGAAGAAGAAAAGCUGUUCCAGGAGGAGAUAUUGAAGCAGCGAAAAGAGCAGUUGAACCGGAUGAAAGCUAGGCAGCAGUCGUUCGCGGACGAAAUGAAGGAACUGGAUGAAGCUAUGUCGGAGACGAAGAGAGCAACAAAGGACAUCGAUGCCGGCGAAGGUACUUCAGGAGUAAAGCCAAAAUUGCGCCAUUCGAAGAUCGGAAAAUUGACGGAGCAGAAUUUGAAGAAGUUGAGAGCUACUCAAUACGAAAAUUCGGAUGAAGACGAUGAAGAUGAGACAGCUGAUGAAAUGGAGGAUGAUCAAACCGAAUCCGGCGAAGAAUCCGAUGGUGUUUCGGAGAAAAGUGUAGCUACGAAGAACAGCAAGUCAACGAAAAAGUCCGGUAGAUUGAGCCAACACGGGCUAGGGCAGGCACGAUCCGGGCCGACCAGAAUUCAACUGGCAGCGAGAAGUGGCGUAAGUAAAAGACUACCCACAUUCUCUGGAAAGCCGGAAGAAUGGCCGUUGUUCUACGGAAUGUACCAAGCAUCGAAUGAAGCCUGCGGUUACUCGGACAUUGAAAACCUGGUGCGGCUGCAAGAAUGCCUGAAGGGUCCGGCUCUGGAGAUGGUGCGUGGACAACUUCUUCUGCCGAAAUCGGUUCCGAAGGUUAUUGGAAAACUUCGCCAGUUAUACGGCCGCCCGGAACAGCUACUGCAGAGCCAUUUGGAGAAGGUCCAUAAGCUGGAACCACCGAAAGUGGGUAAGCUGGCCAGUUUCAUUCCGUUCGGCACGGCAGUCGAGCAGCUGUGCGAACACUUGGAGGCGGCGGAACUCAAACAGCACCUGAUAAAUCCGCUUCUAAUUCAAGAUCUGGUUGAAAAGCUCCCAGAUAACGACAAGCGCGAGUGGGUGCGCUUCAAGCGCGGGAAAAAGAAAGUAACCCUAAGGACCUUCACCGAUUUCCUCUCCGAAAUAGUCUCGGAGGCUUGCGAAGUGAACGUCAGCAUGGACUACAAGUCAACCGGAAGGUUUAGCAGCGACAACCGUUCGGGGAAUGCCCAAAGCAAAGCGAAGGAGAAGGGUGCGGUGUUCAACCACAGCGAAGCUGAUAAUCGUCAAUCCGGCGUUGGAGAACGAAGGAAUCUAAAGCCGUGCAGGGCGUGUCAGCGUACAGACCAUCGAUUGCGGUACUGCCAAGAUUUCAAGAACCUGUCGUACGCGGACCGGAUGAAGGUUGUGGAUCGCUGGAAGCUGUGCUACGUGUGUCUGAACGAACACGGUUCGGCGCAGUGUAAGUUCAAGCUGCGAUGCAACGUUGGAGAAUGCAGACAAGCUCAUAAUUAUCUUCUGCAUCCGAUCGAUGGUGCAAUUGGUACCACAGCGCACAUUCGGACAAACAACGUCACUUUGUUCCGAAUGAUACCGAUUAGUCUCCACUGCGGAGAAAUAUCCAUCACUGUGUUGGCUUUCCUGGAUGAAGGUGCAUCGGUGACUCUGGUGGAAAGGAACUUGGCGGAUCGCUUGGGAGCAGUCGGAGUCCACGAGAAACUCACCAUAAAGUGGACGGCCGACAUUGCUAGAGUGGAGAAGGAGUCAAAGCGGAUGAAUUUGUGGGUCUCGGCUGUUGAUGCGGAUGAAAAACUUCUUCUGAAGACGGUCCGCACUGUCGAAAAGCUGAUGUUGCCUACACAAGCUUUGGACGCAAAGGGGCUUUUGCGGCAGUAUAAGCAUAUGCGAGGAUUGCCCAUCUCCUCGUAUGACGGACGGCCGGAAAUACUCAUCGGGUUGAACAACAUCCACUCGUUCGCCCCGAUUGAAGCAAAGCUCGGUGCAGUUAUUGAUCCGAUAGCCGUGCGGUGCAAGCUCGGAUGGACGGUCUAUGGACCGAAGCAAGCGAACGCUGUCGAAGCGAGCAGCGAAUAUCUUGGAAUCCACCAGGAAGUGACAAACGAAGACCUUCAUAAGCUGCUGAAGGCACACUACGCACUGGAAGAAUCGGUCGUUGGCGUACCGCGGGAGUCUGCUGAGGACGAGAGAGCUCGCGAGAUCCUCGAGAAGACCACGAGACGAAUCGGUGACCGCUUCGAGACCGGGCUACUAUGGAAGACGGACGAUCCAAGGUUCCCGGAUAGCUACCCGAUGGCGUUGCGAAGGCUGAAGCAGUUGGAGAAGAAGCUAGAGAAGAAUCCGGAACUUCACGUGAACGUUUGUAAGCAGAUCGAUGAGUAUCAGGAGAAGGGGUAUGCGCACCUUGCUACUCCGGAGGAGCUCGUUGGAACGGAACCUGAUAAGGUAUGGUACCUUCCACUAAACGUGGUACUGAACCCCAAAAAACCAGGUAAGGUGCGCCUCGUGUGGGAUGCUGCGGCUACGGUGCAAGAAUUGCUGUAG